GGAGCUCUGGAGGUCCUGCUCCUCCCCGGCGCCGUCCGACGUGCUCGACACCAGCGGCGCGUGCGCCACGAUGGAGCAGACAGCGUGGGUCGUCUCCACUGCCUGCGACAUCGUCGCCAGGAAGGAGAGGCUUGGGAUGGUCGUCUCCUGCCCCUUCCUGCUGUACCUCGUCCCGUCCCAGGAGAAGGCCGCGCAAGUGCGAUCGAUAUGCAAACCCCUGAAGCCUCUUGGGAUUCAUUCAGUGAGCUUGCAUUCUGGCGCUUCGGUUGAACAUCAGAUCUCUGGGAUUACUAGGACCUUACAGUGGCAGUUGGUUCGAUUAAGUACUCGGAGUCCAAACCGGCAGCAACGGAAAUAUUCAGAUGCUGUUAUUCAAGCCUUCCAUCAGAAUGGUGAGAUUGUCUUGAGACCUGGACUAAAUGCUGUUUGAGUGCGAUAGAACCAUGAUACAAAUUCAUUAUCAACUUGGUAUGAGGGUCUAAUGACAUGGCACUAUGAUUACAGCUCGAGUUAAGUUAAGACAUGAAGUCAUCCAUGAUUCCUUCUGUUAAAUUUACCCAUCUGGAUAUGUAGAUAUGCUUUUGUGAUAUGGUUAGAUUUUCUAAUUUAGGCUAAUUAAGAUUAGAGCUCAUAUUGUCAUCUGAAAUGUUAGCAGGAGGCAAAUACUGAAAUAUUGCCAUUUUUUAAUUUGUUGUUUGGUUUGGUUUGUCUUCAUUGUCGAAAAAAAGACUAAUAAUCAUGUUUAUGAACUACUAGGAGAUAUGCUUUGUUUUUUCUUUGGAGUUUUGGACUCCAGAUUCUCUAACUAGCAAUGAAGUGUAGAUAGGAAAUGCUGACAAACACACAAUCUUAUUUAUGCUAAUGCCUCUCAUCAAUACUGUUAGGUUCUGACUCAUUUGAAGCUUAUUCACAGAAUACCAGGGUACAGAAUAGCUUAGAAAUAAAAUUAUUCUGAUCAUCAACAUCAACUCAUUUGAAGCUGUGACCUGUAAUGACGAGAUAAAUAGAGAUACUAAAACAUCUGACUGUGUGCUCUUUACGCAACAUGCCUCAGAACCUAAUCCUAGUAAUCUAUAAUAGUGCUUUACUGCCACCUAGGUAAAAAAAUGUUUGAAACCCACAACCCUCUGAUUGUACCAUUUUGUUAUCUUGACUUGGGAACACUUCGACAACUGCCUAUGGUAUACUGGCUAGCAUUUGGUUGUGAUACUGAAGAUCCUAUACUCUUUCCUCCUAGGAUGAUUCAGAAAUAGUUGCCAUGAUAAAAGAAUUGUUGGAGACUCGCAUUCGGCCAGCUGUUCAAGAUGAUGGUGGUGACAUUGAAUA